UAAGUCUUAAUUUUAAGUCUUUAGUAUACAAAAGUUAGAUCUGCUGUUGAUUUCAAAAUGGCGGUCGGGAGUACAAUGUCUGAAUGUACAACUAUGGAAUCUAAGCAGUCAAUGAUUAAAACCAGAAAGCGAAGAGAGGUAAAAAUGGAGAGGACUUUGACAAUAGCCAGUCUUUGUGCGGCAAUAUUUCUGAUUGUGCUGGUCACAAGGGCUGUUGAGAGUUCCGCCAGUCCAAGCUCACGAGAUGAUCCCCCUUUCUCGUAUUGGCGCAAAGGAUAUUCCGGACACGGCACAGAUCACGAGAAUGUGGGCGCAAUUCACUUCACCCCAGUUGAAUACACAAAGUUCAAGCCACUGUCGAAUUACUCCCAGAGAGAGAAUGUCUCACAUAUGUGGGUGGAUGUUGUUUUCAAAAUUUCGCGAACCUUUUUUGACAAAAUGUUUCCCCUUGAUCCGACCAUACCAAGAGGAUACAUAGCGGACGUGGGUAAGGACAACAUGAGGUUGGGACCGAAAGUUGUGCAGGACGAUUGGGCGCUUUGGUUGAACGCAUUCUGGCUUAUGUGGCUAUGGGUACUUUUACUGGUUGCUGUCAUUGUCCUGGCACCCUUUGCAGGUGUCAUAUAUUUCUGCUUCUGCUGCCAUCGUUGUAAGCUGGGAUGUCCAGCUUGCCAAACGGGUGUAACAAGGAGACGUAUUUGUUUGAGCUUCUGCAUGCUUCUGAUCCUUCCAUUUAUCGCUGGUAGUAUGGGCUUGGCUUUUCUCUCAAAUGGUAUGCUAGAACGCGGCCUAGUCAACACUAAAAUUGCCGUUGAAAUGGGUAGCGUGGAUACUUGCAACUUCCUGAAGGAUGUCAGCGAUCAUAUUCAUCAUUUAUUUGUGAAAAACUAUGAGGAGAUGGAAACUCAUCUGAUCACUACUAUCGUGGAGGCCCCAAAACAUUUGUUCAAGGACUUGAACGAAGUCGCGGACGGUAAUGCCGUCGCACGGAUACGUUGGAUUUUUCGCAAUCUUCCAAAUGCAGCAAACCAAUUGGAAAUGACCCGAUACUUGCAAACAAGCAUAAAGUGGGUAUCCAAUAAGCUAAGAAAUGCUCUCCGGGGAGUGAAGCGGGACAUUAACGAUGCGGCGAUAGUGCUUUGUGGCAGUACGGAUUGCCUCAAAUUUCUGCACACUAACGAAGUUGAGUUUAUGGACGCAUCCAGAUGCCUCCACUUGGAUGAGUUGCCUCUUCCGCCGAAAAUGCAAAAACAGUUGAAUGAUCUAGAGACAUCCUUGGUCAAGCCAGUAUGGGAGUUGCCGAUCGCUAGACUCAGAAAUAUCAGUAGAAAGAUUAAAGACGAGAUGGCACGAGUCUCACCACCGAUAAUUCGAGACAUACGCAAGGGAAGGAAGCUGUUUGCCAAAGAGGGGAGGAGAAUAGAAGAAAUAAUUGACGUGGUCAUCAGCGACAUUCAUCUUAGCACCAUGCGGGCGAGCAGGGCGUUCGAGGAUCUUUACGACAAAUUUAAUGAAACACGUCAGUACGUCGUUCAGUAUAUUGCUGUAAGCCUCCUUGGGAUUCUGUCGAUCGUGAUUUUGGCUUUGAUUGUUGGCUGUCUAGCACCACGUCCCACCGGAGCGAGCAAUGAAUACUUCACCAAAAGGAUCGCAGCGUACAUGAUGAUACUAGCCAUGAUUUUGAUAUUUUGUGCGCUAUCCGUCAUGCUGAUAGUGGUGCUGUUUUAUUUUGUGAUUGGUGGUGUGGCUUACAAAGGCGCAUGCGCACCACUCAGGGAAAUGAAGUCUAGUGCGCUUCUCAAACAGCUAGACUCAGAGAUCGAUCUCCGGACGAUGUUUUCUUCCCGCAAACAGGAUUUACCAGCUAAUAAAUCAAGCAAGCCAGUCAGAGUAUCGAGUGUUAUCAAGGCGUGCCAGGGCGAAAUGUAUUUGUUUACAUACCUGCGAGAAAAUAGAAUCUUUGACAUAGAAGAUUUUCUUCGAGUGAAAUUAUUAUCCAAAGCAGUAAAGAGUAAGGAGAAAAGUCUAGAUCUAUCAAAGGAAUUUAUACUGACGCCGUUUGAACGAGACGUAAUUUUAAAAAAAAUGGAUGAUGUUGAAAUGGGCUUGUAUCACAGCGACUUGUGGUUCGAUAUAAUUUGCGAAAAUCUCAACUCAUUAAAUGUUGACCAGCUUAUGGAGAACCUCCAAUCUCUAUCACAGUCGCUGUCGUGGAAUAACUACCGAGCAGCCUCUGUCGCUUUCGAGAACGCGUAUCUUAGUCUCAAGGCAAUUAAGUCCGCCUACCAUUAUGGUCUUGAUAGGGACUAUAGGCUUAUGACUAAAUGUCUUAAAUACAUUGAUUACGUAAUUUUAUACGAGAACUACAACUUUGGCGAUACCCUUAAAAUAUUGAGAGAAAAAGUUGUGGCGGCCGAGGAUUUUAUACGUGACAAAGGAACGACAUAUCUUUCUACUCUUGGCGAAAACCUAACUGCAGUGGUUGAGGAACAGAUCAAAGAAUAUAUCAGAAUGAUAAUCCGUGAAGCCGCCAGCAGCAUCGGGUACUGCAAGCCUCUGACCUACAUAUACGAUCGCGGCCUGGAAUUGGUUUGCAAUCGCAUGGUUGACCCCAUAAACGGCUAUUGGAUAGGUGUAUUAACGGCGGCGUUCCUUCUGAUGCCCGUGCUUUGUAUAGCUCAUCGUCUGCAGUGUCUGUACAAGCAACAUAAGGUGCCUCCGAUAAGGGCCAUCAGAGCACGGCAGGUGCAACAACCUGAAGUAGAACAAGACCCUUGUCCCUUUUGCAGUGCAAAUCCAAAUAGGAUUUCAGGUGGACUCAGUGCCUGCAUUGGUCUGGACGGUGCAGAAACGACCAUUUAUGAUGGCGACAACAUGAUUGCAGAAACAGGAAAUAUCAAUGAUGGAGACAAAAAAAAUAAGUUAGAUUAGUGAUACAAAAUGUAAAAUAAGUCCGAGAUAUCUUACAGAGAAGAGUGUAAACAAACAGCUAGUGCGAGUUUAAUCUUGAAUCUAUCUUAUGUUCUACCGCUAAAUCUGGCUAUUUAUAUCGCAUUCCCACACCUUUCGCUCUUGUUCUGCUAUAUGUACGUCUUAUAUACUAUUCGCCAUAAUAAAUCAAUAUUAAACCGAA